AUGGCGGCUGCCACCGCAGCGCCUCAGGUGGCCAUCAUCACCACACUGGGAUGCCCCUACUGCAAGAAGGCCAAGGCGGCCAUGCAGGCAGCAGGCAUCCCCUAUCAGGAGUAUGAGCUGUCGGAGCAGCUGGAGGUGCUGAGCAAGAUCAAGGCCACGACCGGCCAGAGCACGGUGCCCCAGAUUUUUGUGGGGGGCAAGCUGCUGGGCGGCGCCUCAGAUGUGGUGCCGCUGGCGCAGAGCGGCGGCCUGCAGCAGCUGCUGGCGAGCACGCAGGGGCCGCCGCUGCCUGCAGAGCUGCAGGCGGUGGUGGAGCAGGCGGUAGCCGACGGGGCCGAGGCCGAGGCGGCGCAGGCUGAGGAGGGGCCGUCCCCGCAGCUGCGCCAGCUGGCAGCCGACCUGCGCGCCGCGCAGCUGGGCGCCGGCGCCGGCGCUGCCUUCGGCCUGCGCCGCGCCGCGGAGUGGCUGCAGGGCAGCCGAGGCCUGGCGCCGGGUGCUGCUGCGGCGGCUCUGGGCGAGCUGCAGGCGGCGCAGCUGCUCACUGUGGCGGAUGCCUCGGCAGCGGACCAGCCCAUCACAGCAGGGCUGCUCCAGGGCCGGCCCCAGCUGCCGCUGCUGCUGGUGGCAGAUGCCCCGCAGCCCACCCGCUGGAAGGAGCCGCUCAAUGGGCAGGUCGUCUGGUUUGGGCUGGCCCGGCCUGCGGCAGAGGUGGCGGAGAGCCUGCGCAAGCGCAUCCUGCAGCUGUACGACAAGUAUCUGCAGGACGGCGGGAAGAAAGUCAACUACAGGGCCCUCAAGGCCGACCCCGCCUUUGCCGAGUUCGCCGCCGCCACCGCCGAGCUGCAAAAGGUCGACCUGUCGGGGCUGGCCACCCGCGAGCAGCGCAUGGCCUUCUUCAUCAACAUCUACAACGCCCUGGUGGUGCACGCGCUGGUGGUGUUUGGCGCCGCAGACAGCAGCCUGAGCAGGCUCAAGUGGUUUGAUUCCAUCAGCUACCUCAUCGGCGGCCGCCGCUGGAGCAGCAACGACGUGGAGCACGGCGUGCUGCGCGGCAACGCCCCCAGCCCCGCCUCCCUGUUUGCGCUGCUGGGCAAGCCGCAGUGGGCGGGGGCAACCUUCAAGGCGGGAGACCCGAGGGCCGCGCUGGCAGUCAAGCCUGUGGAUCCCCGCAUCCACUUUGCCCUCAACUGCGGCGCCGCCUCCUGCCCGCCCAUCCGCAUCUACACCCCUGAGAGCCUGGACUUUGGGCUGGCUGCCGCCGCCAGCGCCUUCUGCGAGGUGCAGGUGGACAAGGCUGCCGGGGAGCUGGAGCUUUCCAUGAUUCUCAAGUGGUACGGCCCAGACUUCGGCUCCAAGGCCCAGCUGCUGCAGUUCCUGGUGCAGUACCUGCCACCAGGGCCGCAGGCAGACCUCAAGGAGCUGCUGGCGGGACGGUCUGCCGAGGACGUGAAGCUGCGGUACCGGCCGUACGACUGGACCACCAACUCCACCGACUGA